GUUAUUAGAGGUAUGUUGAUAUGGGGUUUUCAUGGGCAGAGCUAAGGCAAUAACCCUAGAUAUUGGGUAGUCGGAUUUGAGAAAGAGAAAUUCAGCUGCAGGGAGGAGACAAAAUAAAGGCUACCCUCAAGGCCUCUUCCAUCUCAAGCUGCCAAAUUGCCCCAUGACUCUGGGACUGUGGUGGGUCCAGGAAGUGGGAGUCAGCAACUCUGAGGCAUAAAAUCAGAGAGGCACUGAAUGUUUGGAUGGAGUGCCAGGUCCCAAAAAGAAUGCCUCUUUGUCUAUAUGCCAUCUAUGCCAAAGCAAAACAAAUUUAUCACCCUCUCCUUGAAACUGCAGAGGAGAGCCUAAAAAGUUUAAGCAAUAAAAAAGGGUAAAUGGAAAUUGAUUGUUCAAUAUCAUCAUUACUAAUUCAAGAAGUAUAAAAUGAUAUUGCUAAUCUCUUUACCUGGUAAGCUAAUUUUAUUAUUUUAUUUUACUAAACAUAAAUAUGUAUAAGGGCUCAGGCCCCCAACCGUAUUUUCCAUCAACUUUUAUGAGAGUGUCUCAUGCCUUUCAAACAAACAUUCCUGUAGUGGUUUUCAGGAUUUCACUUUCAUAGGGGAGGGUGGGUUAGAGCAUUAAUGGAACACUAAUCAUGUGGUAGUGCAUAAAUGGUGGGGUUCAGGCAUCAGAUAGUGAGGGGGAUUUCAGGAAUACUGGAGUAAUAUAUUUUAUUUUACUUUUAAUUUUAUUUUAUUGAAGUAUAGUUGAUUUACAAUGUCGUGUUAGUCUCAGGCGUACAGCACAAUGAUUCAGUUGUACCUACAUAUAUAUUUUUUCAAAUUCUUUUCCUUUAUAGGUUAUUGGAAAGUAUUGAGUAUAGUUCCCUGUGCUAUAUAGUAGUUCAGAGUUACCUUUUGAUAUCCCGUUACUGUUCCCAUAAGACUUGAUCAGCCUUGGCUGUAUUUCAUUGUCUUUAAAAAAACACAAACCAUUUUUAUAUGUUGCUUUUCUUCUUAACUCCAUAGAUGGAUGGAAAAAAGAUGGGUUGAAUCUAAACAUAAGCUGGAUUAUGGCAAAUUUCAGCUCACUGCAGGAAAAUUUUACAGAGACAAAGCAUAGGGUAAAGAAUAAAAAGAAGUAGUAGAAUGUGAAGAAUGAAGUCUCCACAGAAAUAAUAAUGUAUUUGUUGAGUAACAGGUAUUUAAAAGUUCUUAGACACAUUAUCCCCGUUAAUCUUCCUAAUAACUUCAUGAGAUGGUUACUAUUAUGUUCCCAAUUUUUCAGGGGGCCUCAGAGAAGUUGAAUAAUUUGCCCAAGUCUAUAUUCACAGCUGGCAAGAGGUGGGGCUGAGACCUGAUUCUAGGUCUGACUCCAGGACUGUGUUCAUUACCCCGGACCAUACUGCUUUCCCCAACCCUAGGAUUUUUUGAAUUUAACACUCUGCACUCGAAACAGGGGAAAGCACUAUGUAACCCCCAAAUACUGCUCUCCCCUGGAGCUGCCUGCUACAAUAGAGAACUGAGCAGAUAGACCUAGAACUAUGACUUGCUGGCUGCAUAAUUUAGGCAAGACUUUUCAUUUCUCUUAGCCUUGAUAUUAGAUGGAGAUAAUAGUCAUCAUUUGCCAUGUUCAUUAGACAGGGCUGCUGUAAGAGCCAAAUAAUUAUUAGGAGGGAAGGAGGAGCUCUAGGCAAUGGUUUUUUGUCUGAGGAAGCUUCUGUCCUAUAAAUAGAAUCCAUUGAUUGUCCUCUGGAGUGAUUUCCCAUCUUCUUUCUCCUGGCUACUGUUAUGAAUCUCAUUUUCAUGUUUAGUAAAGAGGAGAAUUACGAAUUGGCUUGAACAUUUAAAGUCUCAUUUAAAUCCACUCUGGAAAAUUGUUUCCCGAGGAGAAGAGUACUGGAGGCUGUCUGAAUGACUCUUCUGAGGGCUCAGUCUGCACAGCGGCCCACCUACUCUCAGUUUGUUUGUUUGUUUUUAAAAUUAAUUAAUUAAUUAUUGGCUGCACUGGGUCUUCGUUGCUGCCCACGGGCUUUCUCUAGUUGCGGUGAGCGGGGGCUACUCUUCCUUGCGGUGCUCGGGCUUCUCAUUGUGGUGGCUUCUUUUGUUGCCGACCGCUGGUCCUAGGCGCACGGGCUUCACUAGUUGUGGCACAUGGGCUCAGUAGUUGUGGCUCGCAGGCUCUAGAGCACAGGCUCAGUAGUUGUGGCACAUGGGCUUAGUUGCUUCGCGGCAUGUGGGAUCUUCCCAGACCAGGGCUUGAACCCGUGUCCCCUGCAUUGGCAGGCGGAUUCUUAACCACUGCGCCACCAGGGAAGUCCUCUACUCUCAAUCUGAUUUCUUGGUUGUUGCUCCCCACAUCUCAUCCUACUCAGGUUCAUUAGGUACCUCCUGGUUUUCUAAAAGGGUUCUGGGUACAAACGAGGCUCCGGGGCGUCCGUGUGUGUGUGGGGAAAUCACAUGGUUACACAGCUAAGUUUGGUAGAGUGGAAAUUCAAGACUUGGUUUUCUACCUGUGGGUUCAGUGCUCUUUCCUUUGUGCCCACUCCUCCCUCCAUGAAGUCUUCUCUGGCUAUUCUAGCCUCCCUUGAGGUCUUUGGGGAAAUAAGCAUGCUCUUUAAAAUAUAGACAGCUCCUAAUGUAAUAUUAGACAUGAAAGUGCUUAAAGCACAGAGCCUGGUGUGCAAUAAAUGCUCAAGAGACAUCUGAAUCAGCACCUGUGAUCCUUCUGAGCAACUUAACGCAUAUUUAUUGAGCAUUUCCUCUAUGCCAGAUCUUUUUUUUUUUUUUCCGCCAUGCCACGUGGCUUGUGGGAUCUUAGUUCCCUGACCAGGGAUCGAACCCAAGCCCUUGGCAGUAAAUGCACAGAGUCCUAACCACUGGACUGCCAGGGAAUUCCCCUUAGAUCUUUAUAUUAAAGAUGCCCCUGCUCUUCAGGAGCUUAAAAAUUAUUCAAAGAGACUGAAAUAAACUUAAUUGCAACAUAAUGUGACCCAACGAAUUACAAAGAGCUGUGGGAUCAUGAAGGAAGGACCCUAACCAAGCAUGAAUAAUGAUAGUCCCUUGCAUUUUAUAUUGACAGUUUACAAAGUGCUGCUCACAUCUCUUACCCAUUUAACUUUCACGGGAACCCUCUGGGGUAUGAUUAAUUAUCCACAUUUUGCUGAUGAGGAAGCUAAGACUCAGAGAAUUAAAGUGACAGAGUCAUAACCAGAAAGCUGGGCAGCAGCUUAAAAUAAUGAAAAGAGCACUAGCCUGGAAGUCUGGACAUUUGGCUUGUGUGUCUGUCACUUGUGACUAUAUGAUCUUAGAUAAGUAACUUUCCCUCUCUGGGUCUUGGUUUUGUCACCUGUAAAGUAAUGUAGUUAGACUAGAAAGGCUUUAAGACCCCUUACAGCUCUGAUAUUCUCUGGACGAGGAGAUAAAGUCUCGGGUUGGGGGGCUCUGGAAUUAGAUAGACUGGUUGUGUGAUUCUGGACAAGUGAAAUAGCCUCAAUGAUUUCAUGAUAAAGUGGAGAUAUUAGUAGGGCCCACCUCAUAGGGUUGUUAUGAGGAUUAAGAGUAGUAAUACACAUGAAUGAAACAUAUUGCCUGGUAAAGAGGAAGUGUUCAACAAAUGUUAGCAACAAUUAUUACUUAUUCUAAGAGUCUGUGCUGGGCCUCUUCCUACCACAGCAGUUUUGCACGACAGAGCCUGAUUCUGGCCACCCAUGGGGUCUUAAUAGAAACAGAGCUUGUUUUGUAAAGCUUCAGAAUAGUAUUUAAGUAUCUCUUGAAAAUCAGAGACAGUAUGGUAUAAGGGAAAGAAAGAAUCAGUCAAACAUGUCAUAAAAAUCCCAGUUUAGGGGACUUCCCUGGUGGUCCAGUGGCUAAGAUUCUGCGGUCCCAAUGCAGGGGCCCUGGUUCGAUACCUAGUCAGGGAACUAGAUCCCACAUGCUGCAACUAAGAGUUCGCCUGCCACAACUAAAAGAUCACACAUGCCACAACUUAAGAUCCCUUGUGCUGCAAUGAAGAUCUUACAUGAGGAAACGAAGAUCCCCUGUGCCAUGACAAAGACCCGGUACAGCCAAAUAUAUGAAUAAAUAAAUAAAUAUUUAAAAAAAAUAAAGUGGGUGCAUUAAAAAAAAUAUCCCAGUUUAGCUCCUUACCAGCCUUGUGGCCCUAAGCAGGUCACUUCACCUCCCCGUGACUCAGACUCCUAAUUUGUAAAAGUGAAGAUAGUACAAAUUUUGCAGGGUUGCUCUGAGGCUUGAAUAAGAUUAUGUGUGUAAAGCAUCCAGGACGUCACCAGGACGGCAUGCAGUAGGUAAGAAUGUAGCAGAGAUUGGUGAGACCAAGUGCUAGGUUUCUCUGACUGCUCUUAGGGUAUUUAAAUCUAGAGAUUCUGUGCUCUCUGCUCUCAGGUCUCCAGACCAGUAAAGAUGCCAAGUUUUAUGCCCCUCUCCACCAGGUUCAAGAAGCCAUUCAGCAAUGAGAACGAGACCUUGGUGGUUCAGUUUUCAGUAAAACACAAGCAAGGCAUCCAUUGCGGUGGUGGGUUCAUGAAACUCUUUCCUGACACCCUGAACCAGGAGGAUAUGCAUUCAGAAUCCGAGUAUUACAUCAUGUUUGGUCCUGACAUCUGUGGCUUUGGCAACAACAAAGUACAAGUCAUCCCUCAUUAUCAAGGGAGAUACCAUGAGAACAACAAGACCAUCAAGCCCAGGAUCAAUAAAGACACUCACCUGUACACUCUGAUCAUUCGCCCCAAUGCUACUUAUGAGGUCAAAAUUGACAACCAGCAAGUAGCAGCUGGGGACCUGGAGGACGACUGGGACUUCUUGCCUCCCAGGAAGAUAAAAGCCCCCUAUACCCGGAAACCAAGGAAAUGGGAUGAACGCCUACAAACAGAGGAUCCUGAAGAUAAGAAACCUGAGGUGAAAUCAGGCUGCAUCUUUGAUAAUUUCCUUCUUACAAAUAAUGAAGAGUUUGCAGAAGAGGCUGGAAAUAAGACCUGGGGAAUAAGAAAAGACAUAGAGAAGCAAUGGAGAGAACUGUACAAAGAAAUGGAAAAAAGAAAACAGGAAAAAGAGGCCAAGAAGAAAAAGGAAAAGGAGGAAGAAAGGGAAGAUGACAUCUGGGGAAUUGAAGAGGGAAGUGAAGAGGAUUCUGCUGAGGACCCAGGAAAUUACAGGCAGCUGAAGGAAGAUGAUGAUGAAAGAGCAUUUCUGGGUAAAAAUGUAGAAGUCCAUGUUGAUCAGAGGAUGAACUAUAACUGGGUAACAAGUGGUUACUACUCAGAGGCAAAUGAUGUUGCUUAAAAGGUAGAAUGUUCAUGGUUUGGCAAAGUCUGGGGAGCAAAAUUACUUGCUUUCUCUGAAUGAACAUUGAAUUUGGAUUUCUAUAUCCCAUCUCCUUUGCUCUGUAUGACCUUGGGAAAGUCCCAUCACUUCUUGAGGCUUCUCUUGUCAAUGGAAAGGGAGUGAUAAUUCCUGUUUCAUGAGGCUGCUGUAAGGAUUAAAUUAGAUAUGUGUGCAAAGUGCCUGAUAUAAAAAGACAGUCAACAAAUAGUAGCUAUUACUACUUACCAUUAUCAUGGUAUUUAUAAAAUAAUUGACAGUAAAAAAGCCUCUGUAUAAACCUGAGCCUCACUUUCAACUUAUUCCAGUAUAUCCAGUGAUGUUAUUACAGAUGUAAAUCUGUAUUAUUUAGUAUUUACUGAGCAGUUCUGAUAGCUGUAUUUGUGGGCGAUGAUGCUUGAUGUUUUCUCUUGCAGGUGUAUCAAGCACUUAAAAACAAAAUCAGACUUCCUCCUAACAUAAACAAAGAUACUUUGUGAAACUCCUUUUGCUUCUCUGCUGUUUUGUGCAGUAAUUUUAAAUUAAUUAUUACUUGUUUGCAGGUUUGCUGGUUUUAUAGUUAUCCUUUCUGUACCAUUGGCUCACUAUAUUAUUAUAUGCAUUCACAUAGCUCUUUACAGAUCACAAAGCACUUUCCUAUAAAUUUGAGCAACUACUGCAAUGUGCUCAUUUAAUCCUCAGAACAGCCAUUGUAGAGGAUACCAUUAUUAUCUUCCUUUUACAGAUGCAGAAACUGCUAAAAGGAGGCAAGUCACUUGCUCAGGGUCAAAUAACCAGUAAGGGGAGGGACACGUAUCUUAACUCAAGUUUGUCUGGUUCCAAAGAUUAUCCUUCCAUUGCAUUAGGCUGUUUGUUGAAUGAGUGAGUAAAUAUCUAUUACGACUGAGUACAGAUAGUAGGCAAGUCUCACAUGGAAAAAAUACCCUUUUAACAAAAAUAAUCAUAAAGUAAUUUUCCUCUUUUAAAAAUUUUCUCAAAAAAUAAACAUACAAACAAGUAGCUGCAUGAAGUGUGACAGCCUUUUCAUAAGAAGCUAAUGUGGUUGCCAGGUGUUCAAGGCGACCAUGGUUGAUUCCUGGCCCUACUUACUUAUCAGCUGUAUUACCUUAGGCAAGUAAUCUAACUUGCCUGUGGGAGUUAUUUUCCGUGUCUCAUUUUUCUGUGUCUCAUUUUUCACAUUUGCAAACUCAGCUGUGAGGAUUAAAUGCUGACUCUUCCUUCCUUUAUUUUACUAGGACUACACCAAAAAUUAAUCCCAGUCUAGCUGGAGAGUCAAGCCCAGACACAAUUAUCAUAUUAUAGCACAGGGCUACAAAUUUAGGUCUGGAACAUCAUAGGUGCUCAAUAAAUAUUAGUUAAAAGAAUGAACAAAUCUCUGACUGGUGAUUUCAGGGAAGAGUUCACGAAGGAAGUAACUUUUGAACCAGCUCUUGAAGAAUUCAUGAGUCUGUCUUUCAGAGGAGGAUAUGUGUGAACCAAAUUUCAGAGUCAAAGAGCAGGGCACCUGUAUGACAGGAGUGGGGUGGUGAGGUCAGGGAGAAGCAGCAAGUACUCCUUCUUCCUUCUUUCCCGUAGGUUGGAGUUGGCUGUAGUGUCUGGGCCUGACAAUCUUUGGAAUGUUCUGGUUUGGAAAACUUGCCUUUGCAGGGAGGCAAAACUUUACCUCUUCCCUCUUAGGGUCUUCAGCUGGGCCUUAGAAUUUAGGUAACGUAAGACAGAUGCACAGGAGAAAAACAUACAAAUUUAUUCAAUGUAAGUUUUAUGUGACACGGGAACCCUCAUAAGGAAAUGAAGACCCAAAGAAGUGGCAAAACCUAAAUGCUUUAAUACUAGGUUAAACGAAGAGAGGCAAUUGUGGAAAAGUAACUAAAAUGUACAGGGAGGCUAAAGGAAGAUAAGAAUUAUUUUAACAAUGUCAGUUUGUGUAGAAUUCUCUUGCUCUCAGCUUGAUGAGUGUUUCUUUUCUCCUGGUAUGUGGAGGGCAGCUCCUACGUGGGAGCUUUACCUCCUGUAUUCAGGAGGAAAGGGGAGAUCAAAGUAUCCCUUUUGUAUCUGCUGUUUUUCAAGUGCCUUUAGCUUAAAAUAACCCUUAUGCCAGAGUGGCAUAUUUUGGGGUAGCAUAUCUUGGCACUCUUCACCUUUAUACCUGUUUCUAUAACAUAGAGUCUUCUCAUGGUGAAAAAGAGUAAGGCUUCAGGUACUGAGUCUAAACCCUGUCUUGGGGCUGCAGGGCUGGUGUGUGAGGAAUCUAUGUUUUAGGGAUACCAUUGUUUACUACCAAUGUCUGCUCUGAUUGGUCAGGCAUAUGUUCUACCAGUUGUUACAUAUUUUCAUUAUCACCAGAUAAAGAUACUGAUUUUCAUGCAGAAUUCUGAGGGAGUAGUAAACAAUAAAGAUCCAUUUGAGGGAAUUCCCUGGCAGUCCAGUGGUAAGGACUCUGAGCUUUCACUGCUGAGGGCACAGGUUCAAUCCCUGGUCGGGGAACUAAGAUCCUGCAAGCUGCGCCGGGCGGCCAAAAAAAAAAAAUCCAUUUGAAUAUAUUCUUUAAAGUUGCUGCUUUACCUUUGUUAAUUUUUUACCUUUAUUUUGAUUGAUUGUACAAACAUUAUUUCAGAAAUUAAUGUAAUUUUAACAAGAAAAAAUUCAUGCAUAGUUCCAUCCAUUCUGCACACAGACUGAAAUUUUUGUGUUUCCUGCUAGGACUUGUCUUUUGAAUACCACCAUUCUGCCACUGAACCAUACUCCUCCAGAUUGAGUUUUUCUUUUGAACUUCUGUUUAUAUGUUUAAUUUUCAAAAGUAACAGAUGUUCAAUGUAAAAAACUUCAUAUCUACAAACACAUUAAGAAAAAAGUAAAAAUUUUUAAUUAUUCCCAAAUCCAGAGACAUCUGUGCAAUAUUUAUUGUCUUUUCUUCCAGUUUUGUGUUUAUUCAUUGGUUAACUGGUUUGACUUUGGGUUGAAAUGAUUUAGUUAAUCACACUCUUCAGUACAGGGCACUUUAUCCUCUUUGGUCAGUGAUUAUCACUUUUAAAUUUUAUUUGAUACGUUUUUUUUCUUUUACUGCCUUUCCCUUCCCCACACAAGCAACUAAGUUCUAUCUGAUGUAAAACUGUUUUUUGCAUAUGUUCUUACAAAAUAUGAAUUUUUGUUUGCCCUGGGUGUAUUUUUAAUUUAUGUAAAUGGUAUAGUGUUUAAAUCUCAUCUUGUUACCUCAUAUUUUUCACUAUGCACUGUUUUUUUUGUUUGUUUGUUUGUUUUUUUGUUUGUUUGUUUUUUUGUGGUACGCAGGCCUCUCACUGUUGUGGCCUCUCCCAUUGCGGAGCACAGGCUCCGGACGCGCAGGCUCAGUGGCCAUGGCUCACGGGCCCAGCCGCUCCACGGCAUGUGGGAUCUUCCCGGACCAGGGCACGAACCCGUGUCCCCUGCAUCGGCAGGUGGACUCUCAACCACUGCGCCACCAGGGAAGCCCUGCACUGUUUUAAAAAUGCAUUCAUGUUAGAAAUAGACAAUCUGAUGAAAGACCAAACACUUGUAGUGAAAUUUAAUUUGUAAUUUAAAAAAAAAACCUCCCAUCAAACAAAAAUCAGAACAGAAUGGCUUCACAGGGAAAUUCUACCAAACAUAUAAAGAAGAGCUAAUAUCUAUCCUUCUCAAACUCUUCCAAAAAGUUGAAGAGGAUGGAACACUGCCAAAUUCAUUCUACAAGGCCACCAUUACCCUGAUACCAAAACCAGACAAAGACACUACAAAAAAAGAAAAUUACAGGCCAACAUCUCUGAUGAAUAUAGAUGCAAAAAUCCUUAACAAAAUAUUAGCAAACCGAAUUCUACAAUAUAUAAAAAGAAUCAUACACCAUGAUCGAGUGGGAUUUAUUCCAAGGAUGCAAGGAUGGUUCAAUAUCAAUCAGUGUGAUAUACUUCAUUAACAAAAGGAAGGAUAAAAAUCACAUGAUCAUCUCAAUAGACACAGAAAAAGCAUUUGACAAAAUUCAGUAUCCAUUCAUGAUAAAGACUACCAUCAGAGUAGGUAUAGAGGGAAUAUAUAUCAACAUAAUAAAGGCCAUGUAUGAUAAGCCCACAGCUAACAUAUUAAUGGUGAAAAGCUGAAAGCAUUUCCUCUAAGAUCAGGAACUAGACAAGGAUGCCUACUCUUGCCACUUCUCUUUAACAGAGUAUUGGAAGUCCUAGCCAUAGCAAUCAGAAAAGAAAAAUAAAUAAAAGGCAUUCAAAUUGGAAGGGAAGAAGAAAAACUGUCACUAUUUGCAGAUGACAUGACACUAUGUGUAUAGAAAACCCUAAAUCCCCACCAAAAAACUAUUAGAACUAAUAAAUGAGUUAAGUAAAGUGGCAGGAUACAAGACUAAUGUACAGAAAUCUGUUGCUUUUCUAUACACUAAUAAUGAACUAUCAGAAAGAGAAAGCAAGAAAACAAUUCCAUUUAAAACAGUAUCAAAAAGAAUAAAAUACCGCAGAAUAAACUUAACCAAGGAGUUGAAAGACCUAUACUCUGGAACUAUAAAAUCUUGAUGAAGGAAAUGAAUGAUGACACAAAGAAAUAGAAAAUACUCCGUUUUCAUGACUUGGAAGAAUUAAAUAUUGUUAAAAUGUUCACACUACUCAAAGAAAUCUACAGAUUUAGUGCAAUCCCUAUCAAAAUACCCGUGAUAUUUUUCACAGAACUAUAACAAUCCUAAAAUUUAUAUGGAACCACAAAAGACCCCAAAUAGCCAAAGGAAUCUUGAGAAAAAAGAACAAACCUGGAGGUUUCAUGCUCCCUGACUUCAGACUAUACUACAAAGCUACAGUAAUGAAAACAACAUGGUACUGGCAAAAAACAAAACAAAACAAAACAAACAGACAUAUAGACCAGUGGAACAGAAUAGAGAGCCCAAAAAUAACCUACACAUUUAUGAUCAGUGAGUUUACAACAAAGGAGGAAAGAAUAUAUAAUGGGGAAAAGACAGUCUUCAAUAAGUGGUGCUGGGAAAACUGGACAGCUACAUGUAAAAGAACAAAAUUAGGACAUUUUCUCACACCAUGUACAAAAAUAAACUCAAAAUGGAUUAAAGACUUUAAUGUGAGACCAGAAACUGUAAAACUCCUAGAAGAGAACAUGAGCAGAACACUCUUUGACAUUAAUCAUAGCAAUAUUUUUUGGAUCUGUCUCCCAAGGCAAAAGAAACAAAACCAAAAAUAAACAAAUGGGACCUAAUUAAACUUAAAAGCUUUUGCACAGCAAAGGAAACCAUUGACAAAAUGGAAGGCAACCUACUGAAUGGGAGAAAAUAUUUGUAAAUGAUAUGACUUAUAAGGGGUUAAUGUCCACAACGUAUAAACAGCUUAUACAACUUAAUAUCAAAAAAACAAUCAACUCAAUUAAAAAAUGGGCAGAAAAACUGAAUAGACAUUUUCCCAAAGACAUACAGAUUCUAACAGGCACACGAAAAGAUGCUCAACAUUGCUAAUUAUUAGACAAAUGCACAUCAAAACCACAAUGUGAUAUCACCUCACACCUGUCAGAAUGACUAUCAUCAAAAAGAGCACAAAUAACAAAUGUUGGCAAGGAUGUGGAGAAAAAGGAACCCUAGUAUACUGUUAGCGGGAAUGUAAAUUGGUGUAGCCACUAUGGAAAACAGUAUGGACAGUCCUCAAAAACUAAAAGUAGAACUCCAUAUGACCCAUCAAUUCCACUCCUGAGUAUAUAUCUGAAGAAAAUGAAAACACUAAUUCAAAAAGAUACAUGCACCCCAACGUUCACAGCAGCAUUAUUUAUAAUAGCCAAGACAUGGAAGGAACCUAAGUGUCCAUCAACAAAUAAAUGGAUAAAGAAGAUGUGAUAUAGCCAUUAUUUUGUGAUAAGUUUAAAUGGAGUAUAAUGUAUAAAAUUAUUGAAUCACUAUGUUGUACACCUGAAACUAUUAAAAUAUUGUAAACCAACUAUAUGUCAAUAAAAAAUAAAAUGCAUUCUUGUUGCUGUGUGUAUAUCUAAUCCAUUUCUGAUGAUUACUGCAUAAUAUUUAAUGACAGAACAUUUACCACAUUUUAGCUGUCUACUCUCCCAGUGAUAGACAACCAGGUUGUCUUCAAGUCUCCACCAUCAUAAAUAACACAGCAAUGAAUAUGUUUCUGUGUCUGCAUAAGAAUUUCUUUGGGAUAUAUCCCAGGAGUGCAACUGUGGGCUCAUAGAAUAUGAGUUCUUGAUUUGCAUAAUUUAUGUCAGAUUGCUUUCGAUAAGGCUAUACCAGUCCAUACUCCCACCACCACAUAUAAGGGUUUCAGCAUCCCCACAACCCAACCAGCUGGCAUUAUCAAAAUUUUAUAGUUUAAUAGAUGUAAAACGAUAGUACAUUGCUGUUUUAAUUAACAUUUCACUGAUAUUUUUGAGCAUCUCUUCAUAUGUCUUGAUUUUGGGAUUUCCUCUAGGUUCAUGUUUUUUGCUUAUUUUCUUUCUAGGGGUUGCUACCCUCUUACUUAUUUGCAAGGAUUUUGUGUAUUAAAUAUUUCAUAUAUCUUUUCUCAUUCUCUCAUCUAGUUACUUUGUCUACAGUGUCUUUUGGUGAAUAGAAAUCUUUAUUAUUCAUCAAUAUUAUUGUCUUAUAGUUUGUGCUUUUUAUAAUAGGUUUUGCUUUUCCAUUCUCCUCAGUCACAAACUGUAAUAGUCUCCUAUGUUUUUCUUUUAUAAUUUUAUUUUUCACAUUUAUUAUAUCUUUAAUCCUUCUCAAGCCAGUCUUGUAUGAGGUAUAGAAUUGAUGAAAUAUGGUAAUUAUACUUUAAGCCUUGAUAUAUCAGUUUCUGAGAGGGGGAUAUUAAAUCUUCUACUACAAUUAUGCUUCUAUCUAUUUCUCCCUGAAGUUGUCUAUAUUUUAAGACUGUAUAAUUAGGUGCAUCUAUGUGUUUUACCUAUUACAUUUAUGUGUUUGCUUCUUUUAUGACUAUGUAAUGACUUUUUAUCACUUCUUAUCAUUUGAGACUAAAAUUCCUUUUUGACAGAUACUAUGGUCACAACCCAGUUCAUAUUUUCCUGGUGUAUCUUUUUUCAUCUUUUUAUUUUUAGUCUUUCCAUCUCCUUAUGUUUUAAGUGUGUCUUUGAUAGCCAAUUUACUGUUGGAUAUAUUUUUAAAAAAUCCAAUUAGUGAGGUUAAUUUAUUUGCACUUAACAUAAUUGCUAUAUAUCAAGAGUUAAUCCUACCAUCCAUGUGCUACACACUUUUAUUUUUAACCUCCAUUUCUACUUUUUUUUUGAAGUAUAGUUAAUUUACAAUGUUGUAUUAGUUUCUGAUGUACAGCAAAGU